AUGAACGCCGAUGAGUCGCAAGAGAUUUUGAGGAUCACCGGCCCGAACAUGUGCAGCUUCAAUUGGUGCUGUAAUUGUUGUGCGGACAAGAUUUUCGAUCUGGAGACGCCUGAUCGCCAAUUAGUUGGCACAAUUCGAAAAAAAUGGAGUGGACCGGUGAAAGAGAUGUUCACCGAUGCAGAUAAUUUCAUUGCUGAGUUCCCAAUUGAUUUGGACGCAAAAGCAAAAGGAACACUGCUUGGCGCCACGUUCUUAAUUGACUUUCUCGCUUUUGAAAACAAUCAAAAUCAACAAAAAAGU